AUGCCCACCGUCUUCACUCACGAAUUCAACACCUCUGUCUACAAGGGUAAGGUAUCCUUCAACACCGGCCUCUUUAUCAACGGCCAGUUCGUCGAUGGCUCAGACCGAACUACGAUCGACGUGGUGAACCCGACCAAUGGCAAAGUGAUCACCUCUGUCUCUGAAGGAACCCCAAAGGACGUCGACCUCGCCGUCGAUGCCGCUGAGAGAGCCUUCGAGACUACUUGGGGUCUCAACUGCCCCGGUAAUAAGAGGGGCCAUCUUCUCAAUAAACUAGCUUCGCUUAUGGAGGAGCACACCGAAGAACUUGCUGCCCUCGAGGCCCUGGACAAUGGCAAGGCUUUCAACAUGGCGCGUAACGGAGACCUCGCUCUCGCCAUCGAUUGUAUCCGUUACUAUGCCGGUUGGUCUGAUAAGAUAACUGGUCGAGUGAUUGAGACUUCAGAAGAUAAAUUCAACUACACACGUCACGAGCCCAUCGGCGUCGUCGGCCAAAUCAUCCCCUGGAACUUCCCUCUCCUCAUGUUCGUUUGGAAGAUCGGACCUGCCCUUGCCACGGGCAACACCAUCGUCUUGAAACCUUCUGAAUUCACCCCACUGACGGCAAUCCGGAUGUGUCACCUUGUUCAAGAGGCAGGCUUCCCAGCAGGCGUUUUGAACGUCGUCACUGGAUACGGCAAUACUGUCGGCAACGCCAUCGCGUCUCAUAUGCGGAUCCAUAAGGUCGCCUUCACAGGAAGCACCCUCGUUGGGCGCAAGGUUAUGGAGGCUGCAGCCAAGAGCAAUUUGAAGAAUAUUACCCUCGAGCUUGGUGGGAAGAGUCCGAAUAUCAUCUUUGAUGAUGCAGACCUCGAGCAAGCAGUCAAUUGGGCUGCGUUUGGCAUCUAUUUCAAUCACGGUCAGUGCUGCUGUGCGGGCUCGCGUAUAUUCGUGCAAGAAGGAGUCUACGACGAGUUCUUGAAGCGUUUUACGGAGAAGUCACGCUCAAUCAAGGUUGGGGAUCCCUUUGCUCCCGACACCUUCCAGGGACCGCAAGUCUCCCAAAUUCAAUACGAUCGCAUCAUGGGCUACAUCGAUUCUGGAAAGAAGGAAGGCGCUAAGGUCCACAUUGGUGGCGAACGCCACGGAAGCGAUGGCUACUACAUCCAGCCGACAAUUUUCACCGACUCCAAUCCGGAUAUGCGCAUCGUACAGGAGGAGAUCUUUGGACCCGUCAGUGUUGUGAUCAAGUUCAAGGACGAAGAGGACGUUGUGCGUCAGGCGAAUGAUACAUUGUAUGGUCUCGCCGCGGCAGUGUUCACAAAGGACAUGAGCCGUGCGAUCACGACAGCACACAAGCUCAAGGCAGGAACACUUUGGGUGAAUUGCUACAAUCAACUGAAUUCGAACGUCCCGUUUGGUGGGUUCAAGCAGAGCGGGAUGGGGCGGGAAUGUGGAGAAUAUGCAUUAAACAACUAUACUGAGGUCAAGGCGGUUCACGUGAACCUCAGAAUGAAAAUGUAAAGUGGGCUCCUUGUAU